CCGUUUGUGAUCAAGUUUCGAAUUUGAUAUCAUAGUUGUAUAGCUCAUGCUCGAAUUCAUAUUGCUUCUCUUUAUUGGAUGAAUCAUGGUGUUAUGUUGCGGAAUUUUGGUAUCUAGGGUUUUUCCCGAUGUGAUGCUCUUUUACUAAUUGAGUUCUUUUCCGAACUUGAAUUCCUGUGCUACUGCUCUAUGUUUCCUGAAGCAUAUAUUUGUACGUUCUAUCGCUUUUGCCUUUUUUUUUUUUUCUUGUUUCUUGUUUCAACCUUUAUUCGAGGCAACAGUUCCUUUAUCGGCCUACUUGGAUAGAUGAACAUGUUGUUCAGCAUGUGGUAAUUGGUUAACGGGGUGUGUGGAAGGAUGGCUAUAACUAGGUAGUAUAUAUGGUCUUCAGAUCAUUUUUCUUGUAGCACAAUGUAUUAGUUAUAGAAGUAAAUCUUAUAACUAAAUCCUCACAAUGCACAAGUUUUUCGUUGGGAACGGUAUUUAGUUCAUCCUGUAUGCGAUACUUUUUUACGGCAGUUUAUUGACAUAGAUUCUUGGUUAGGAAGAGAUGUAUAUUCUGCUCUUCAAAGCAUGCUUAUAUGGCGACUUGGAUUUGUACUUUUCUUUUCCGAAUGUAAUUCUUAACAUCAUAUAGAUUUGAUAGAUUGUCUGCUUUUGCAGAUAAGGUUAUUAUAAUCUUGUUUGUGGUCAAUAUCAUUUCGAGGACCAUUUAUCUCACAAAGAUUAUAGAUCAUCUAAUCACCUUUAUGCUAGCUUUCAACAUUUCUUUAUUCCAAAUAGUUUUGCAGCGCAUGAAGUUUAGAAUCUGAAUGAGAAUAAUUUGCAAAUUUAUGGCCUUUUUUGAUCUGCAUAUCCUCUUUAUACCAAUAGGCUUGCGACAAGUUGAUAAUUUGCUGAGGUCCUUACUGUUGUAUGUCUUUGUUUGUAGGGAGCAUUGACAUUAUGGAGAUACAAACCUCUGGGAGACCUAUUGAUACUUUGCUUGAGAAGGUGCUUUGCAUGAACAUCCUCUCUUCUGAUUAUUUUAAAGAGCUUUACAGAUUGAAGACUUACCACGAAGUUAUUGAUGAGAUUUACAAUCAAGUCGAUCAUGUGGAGCCAUGGAUGACCGGCAACUGUAGAGGUCCUUCCACAGCAUUUUGCCUUCUCUAUAAAUUCUUCACGAUGAAGCUUACCGUCAAACAAAUGCAUGGUUUGUUGAAGCAUUCGGAUUCUCCAUAUAUUAGAGCUAUUGGCUUCCUGUAUCUACGAUAUGUUGCCGAUCCAAAGACAUUAUGGACUUGGUAUGAGCCCUACAUAAAAGAUGAUGAGGAGUUCUCUCCAGGAUCUAACGGGAGAAUGACAACCAUGGGUGUGUAUGUGCGUGACCUUCUGCUUGGACAGUAUUACUUUGAUACCCUUUUUCCGCGUGUGCCUGUGCCAGUCGUGCGCCAAAUAGUUGCCAAUCUCGAGAAGAUGAAGCUUCCAACCAAGCACUCUGGGGUGACUGGAGAAUCUAGUCGCCAUGGCUCUGACGACACAGCUCGUCGCCCUCCUUCUGUGAAAGCUGCCUUAUCUGUCUCUUUUGGUCAGCGGGCGCCACAUCGUGCGUCCACUCGUGACUCUUCCCCUGUCCGUCGCGCACUGCCUCCCCCUCGUGAAAGAUCAUCCCCUAGUGACCGCCGGAGUCACAGUCUUGAAGGUCCCGAUCGCCAUCGCCGUGAUCGAGAUCGUGAUGAUCAUCGCGAGAGGGACAGAGACAGGGACAGGGACAGGAGGCGUGAGCUUGAUCGAAAUGAGCGAGAUAGCAGAGAUAGGGACUACUAUCGAUCCAAGUAUGAGAAAAGUGAGCGUGAUUCUGAUCGGUAUAAACGCUCUAGUUCACGCAGGAGCAGGAGCAGGAGCAGGAGCAGGAGUAGAAGCAGGAGCGGAAGUAGGAGCGCACACGUACAGGGUUCAGCAUCCGAACAUCGCUCUAGCCCAUUUAGAGAUGCGAGCAAAGAGAAGGCAGCCGCAAGUGUCCCGAGCAACCUAGCAAAGUUGAAGGACUUGUACGGCGAUGCAACUGAUAAGAAGAGUGCCGAAAAUGACGGCAGUCGACUGCACAGUGAUUACGGAACCGAAGAGGUGAUCCGAUUGGGUGGUUCUACGUGGAGGUGAAAUCCAACUAGUCAAAACAAUUAAAAGGAUUAGUUUGUCUUUCUAUAUUGUUAGUUCACUGAGAUACCUCGAGAUUGAGAGCACUCGGGAGAUUUGGUGGGAUUGUAUUGUUUUUUCGUCGUAGACCACAAUGGUGAGUUUGUUUAUUGACAGCAGUGGUAAGAGAUGAAGACACCCAAAUUCGCCCGAGGCCUUAUGUACUUUUUUACUACUAACAUCAUGAGCUCUCUUUGUAGUUGGUAAUCCAAAUUGACGUUAAACGAUGUUGUUGCUUACGUGAUUUGCAGCUUAGUGUUGAACAGUAA